AUGGAUAAACCAAAGGUCAAACUAAGUGCAGAUGUCACAGAGAUUCCAGGAGGAGGCCGUGUGAACCUAAGCUGCUCAGUGAGCCCAUCAUCAGGAUGGAAAUACUACUGGUACAGCGAUGAGAAACACUCUGAACCUCUGACCACACAAGAUGCAGUUUUCCACUCAAAUGGACAAAUCAGAGUCUCACAGGAAGGACUCUACAGGUGCAGAGGAGGAAGAGGAGACCCAGUUUACUACACAGAGGACAGCAAACCAGUCAGCAUCAGUAAUCAAGGCAGGUUUGACUCAUGCAAUGAUAGCAUGCAACCCACUGUGAUCCUGCAGCCAUCCUGGACUCAGAUAUUCAGCGGUGAGACAGUCACUGUCAGAUGUGAGAUUCAGGGAGGAACUCAGUGGACGUAUGAAUGGAGUCCAGCCAAGUUAAACACACCUCCAACAUCCAAUGAACACAGAAUCAGCAGAGCUGCUGAGUCUGACAGUGGAGGAUACAGAUGCCGGGGCAGAAGGAACUAUUUGUUAACAGAGUGGAGUGAUACCAUCACAUUGACUGUAUCGUAUGAACCCCGUCCUGUCCUCACUGUGUCUCCAUCAUGGCUGAGUCCUGGAGCCUCAGUAACUCUGAACUGUGAGGUUGAACAUCCGUCUGCAGGAUGGAGCUUCUACUGGUAUAAAGCUGUUCCUGAGAAGAAACCAUACAACAAUGUGUAUUACAGCUUUGAGCAGCUACCUGGUAGCCACAAAGGGACUUCACUGGACUCCUACAUCAUUGAUGGACAGACACACACAGCAGGAUAUGUGUGUAGAGCUGGAAGAGGAGGCCCAGAGUAUCACACUGAUCACAGUGAACCAAAGUUUGUCUGGUCUGCAGAUGUUCAUUCAGCAGCGUCUCUCACAGUGAGUCCUGACAGAGUGCAACACUUCACCUCUGACUCUGUCUCACUGACCUGUGAGGGAAACUCUGCUGAGUGGAGAGUGAAAACGUUCCCUGAGGAUUACGGGUUGCACUAUGCUUUUUGGACAAGAAUGCCAGUUUUCCAAGGGAACUAUUAUACGUCAGAGUCAGAGGCUGCAGUAUACUGGUGUGAGUCCAACUCGGGACAGUUUAGCAAUGCAGUCAACAUCACCUUACAGGAUGAUUUUAAUGGUCCUAUCCUAGUGAACCCUGCCCACGCUUUGAGAGAAGGAACCUCUGUUAGACUGAGCUGCAACUGUGGAAGACAAAUUGUACCGUACAAUGUGGUUUUCUAUCAUAAUGAUAAAAUUAUUCAGAAUGAUACCCGAGGAGAGCUGGACAUAUCUGCAGUGUCAAAGUCUGAUGAAGGUUUCUACAAGUGUCAGUGGUCAGGAAAAGAGUCACCACAGAGCUGGAUGUCAAUUAAGUGUGACUUCUCAUUUCUGUCACUGCUGAUCAUUGGACCAAUUUUUGGCAUCUUAAUUAUUAUUCUUCCAUUCUUGAUAUAUUAUUAUAUAUUACCACAGAAAGUGCAAGGGUGA